UAUAUACAGUAUGUUUGUUUGGUGUAAAAACAACAACAAUUUGCUGUUGUGCUGCCGCUCAAAUUACUGGAUCGGGUGUGAUGAGGUCUGAAUUUAUGUUAAAAUAAACAACACUUGGGAGUUCAGUUUUGAUAGACAUAGCUGAUCUGCUUACUUGAGGGAGAACAGCAGAAGACAUGUACAUCAAACAAAUUAUCAUCCAGGGCUUUAAGAGCUACAGAGACCAGACUGUUAUAGAGCCAUUUGACCACAGACACAAUGUAGUUGUGGGGCGUAAUGGAUCAGGCAAGAGUAACUUCUUUUAUGCGAUCCAGUUUGUGCUCAGCGACGAGUUCUCGCACCUGCGGCCCGACCAGCGCCAGGCGCUGCUGCACGAGGGCACCGGGCCGCGCGUCAUCUCUGCAUACGUCGAGAUCAUCUUCGACAAUUCGGAUGGACGCCUGCCGAUUGACAAGGAGGAGGUGUACCUGCGCCGUGUGAUCGGCUCCAAGAAGGACCAGUACUUCCUCAACAAGAAGGUGGUGCCCAAGACGGACGUGAUGAACCUGCUGGAGUCGGCCGGCUUCUCCCGCUCCAACCCCUACUACAUCGUCAAACAGGGCAAGAUCAACCAGAUGGCGACGGCGCCCGAUUCGCAGCGCCUCAAGCUGCUCAGAGAGGUGGCUGGAACGCGCGUGUAUGACGAGCGCCGCGAGGAGUCCAAGGUGCUGCUGAAAGAGUGCGAGAGUAAGCGGGAGAAGAUUGAGGAGUUUCUGCGCACGAUCGAGGACCGGCUGUCUGCCCUGGAGGAGGAGAAGGAGGAGCUCAAGGAGUACCAGAAGUGGGACAAGAUGCGCCGCUCACUCGAGUACACCAUCCACGACCGUGAGCUCAAGGACAACAGGAAGAAACUGGACGACAUGGAAAAUCAGCGGAACAACUCGGGUAAAGAGCAAGAGAAGCUGAAGAACCAGCUGCAAAAUGCGCAAGAGAAGGCUAAAACAGCUGCUAAGGAGCUCAAGGAUGUGAAAAGUAAGGUGGGCGCCGCUAAGGAGGAGCGCGACGCGUACAACGCCGAGAACCAGCAGCUGCUCAAGGACCGCACCCGGCUCGAGCUCACCAUCCGCGACCUCUCCGACGAGGUCAUGGGCGACAACAAGUCCAAGGAGCGGGCGGAGCAGGAGCUGGAGAAGCUGCGACAGACCAUCAGCCAGAAGGAGGGCGAGCUGGAGAAGAACCGGCCUCAGUACGAGGAGAUGAAGCGCAAGGAGGAGGAGUGCACACGGGAGCUGAGUCUGAAGGAGCAGAAGCGGAAGGAGCUGUACGCGAAGCAGGGCCGCGGCAGCCAGUUCACAUCCAAGGACCAGCGAGACCAGUGGAUCCAGAAGGAGCUCAGGUCUCUCAACAAGCAGAUCAAGGACAAGAAGGAGCAGAUCGACCGUCUGUCGGAGGACCUGACCAAGGACGCCGAGAAAAAGGUCCAGCUGGAGCGGCGCAUCGAGGAGAUGACUGGUGAGAUGGACCGCUAUCGACUCAGCAUCGACGAUCACAACAAGGGCUUUUACGACAUGAAGAAGCGCAAAGAUCAGCUGCAGAGCGAGCGAAAUGAGCUGUGGCGGAAGGAGAACAACCUGCAGCAGACGCUGGCCUCGCUCAAAGAGGAGCUCAGCCGCGCCGACCAGUCGCUCCGCUCCAUGGCCGGAAAGCCGAUCCUGAACGGGCGCGACUCGGUGCGCAAGGUGUUGGACACGUUCCGCGAGCGGGGCGGCCAGUGGGCCGAGUACGCCACCAUGUACUACGGCCCCGUCAUCGAGCUGUUCGACUGCGAGAAGACCAUCUACACGGCCGUCGAGGUCACCGCCGGAAACAGGCUGUUCCACCACGUGGUCGACUCGGACAAGGUGGGCACGCAGAUCCUGAAGGAAAUGAACAAGCAGAAGCUGCCCGGGGAGGUGACGUUCAUGCCGCUGAACCGGCUGGCUGUCAGGGACAUCGAGUACCCGCAGACCAACGACGCCAUUCCGAUGGUGAGCAAGAUGAACUAUGACGACCGUUACGACAAGGCGCUCAAGUACAUAUUUGGGCGGACGCUGAUCUGUCGUAACCUGGAGGUGGCCACACAGCUGGCCAAGACCAACCGGCUCGACUGCGUCACCAUGGACGGAGACCAGGUGAUGAGCAAGGGCUCGCUGACCGGUGGCUACUUCAACACGUCCCGCUCGCGGCUGGAGAUCCAGAAGACGCGCAGCGAGUUCAUGCAGCAGAUCGCCGAGUCCGAGGACGAGUUCUCCACGCUCAAGGACCAGCUGCGCUCCACCGAGGCCGAAAUCAACAAGAUCGUCUCCGAGAUGCAGCGCACAGAGACCAAGAACAGCAAGGCCAAGGACGUGUUUGACAAGGUGAAGGCCGACAUCCGGCUGAUGAAGGAGGAGCUGAACGGCAUCGAGCGCUCGCGGCAGCCCAAGGAGCGCUCGCUGAACACGCUGCGCGCCAACCUGGAGGCCAUGAUGAACACCAAGGACGGCCUGGAGUCGGAGCUGCACCAGGACCUGAUGACCACGCUCAGCGUCGAAGACCAGCACGAGGUCGACAAGCUGAACGACGACAUCCGCCGGCUGACGCGCGAGAAUAAGGAGGCCUUCAGCAUGCGUAUGAAGCUGGAGGCAGAGAAGAACAAGCUGGAGAACCUGCUGACCAACAACCUGAACCGCCGCAAGGACGAGCUGAUGCAGGCGCUGCAGGAGAUCAGCGUGGAGGACAGGAAGCGGCAACUGGAGCACAGCAAGGCUGAGCUGGCCCGCUCCGAGGAGAAGAUCGCAGACGUCAGCAAAAACCUCAAGGACUUCGAGAAGAAGGUGAGCGCGCUGCAGAAGAAGCAGAAGGAGGCACAGAAGGAGGUGGAGACGUGGAAGACCAAGGAGAAGGAGGUGCAGGAGCGGAUCGACGAGGAUGCCAAGGACCUGGAGAAGAUGGCAUCGCGGCAAAACGUGCUGCAAAACAAGAUCGCCGAGUGCACCAAGAAGAUCCGCGAGCUGGGAUCGCUGCCGUCUGACGCGUUCGACAAGUACCAGGCGCUGAGCACCAAGCAGCUCUUCAAGAAGCUGGAACAGUCCAACGGCGAGCUGAAAAAGUACAGCCACGUCAACAAGAAGGCCCUCGACCAGUUCGUCCACUUCAGCGAACAUAAGGAGAAGCUGAUGCAGCGCAAGGACCAACAGAACAGAGGCUACGAGAAAAUCAUGGAGCUGAUGUCCGUGCUGGAGCAGCGCAAGUUUGAGGCCAUCCAGUUCACGUUCAAACAGGUCUCGAAGAACUUCACCGAGGUGUUCGGCAAGCUGGUGCCGCAGGGGCACGCCCAGCUCAUCAUGAAGACCGACCAGGACGACGACGAUGACGAUGAGCCGGCGCGGCCCACCACGGUCGACUCGUUCACCGGCGUCGGUAUCCGAGUGUCGUUCAGCGGCAAACGCGCCGAGAUGCGCGAGAUGAACCAGCUCUCCGGCGGACAGAAGUCGCUCGUCGCCCUGGCGCUCAUCUUUGCCAUCCAGAAGUGCGACCCGGCCCCGUUCUACCUGUUCGACGAAAUCGACCAGGCGCUGGACGCCACCCACAGGAAGGCGGUGGCCGACAUGAUCCACGAACUGGCCGGCGAGGCGCAGUUCAUCACCACCACAUUCCGGCCCGAGCUGCUCGAGCACGCCAACAAGUUCUACGGCGUCAAGUUCCGCAACAAGGUCUCUCACGUGGUGUGCGUAACGCGCGAGGAGGCCUACGACUUCGUCGAGGACGACGCCACCCACUCGUAGGCGCCGCGCCGGCCGCGUCGCUGCCCCGGCGCCGCGACCGCUGUACAAACCGGGUUCAGCCGGCGCCGGCUCCGUUCGUUGGCUCCGUCCGUUCGUUCCGUUCGUUGACAGCGGCCGGCGGCGGUAUUCUCAUCUCACAGCUGCGCGGCGCCGCCGAGACCCAUCACCGUUCGGUGGCUCCCAGAGCCGCUCCCAUCCUCCAUGUCCAUUGAUUGACUGCAGUAGAUGUGUUCGUGAGGUCUCACAGAGGGGGUGUGACGGAGUCGGGGGGGGGGGUCAUUAAUUACUCUUCUUAUGUGUUUUGCGAUGUUCGAGGCAAUGUGUAUACGGUCGUGCGUGUGGAUGUGUCCAGAAAUAUAGUGGACGUUGUUUA